UCGGUGACUCCCAAACCUUUCUUGCGAUCCUUCGUCAUGUGCAGGCUUGCGUUCGGACUUCUGUUACCCAACCCGAUCCAGAAAAUCCGUGAAGACUGAAGUCUCGAGCAGAUGACUCGCUGGGACCUUGUCUCGGAAGCCCGAAUGCCAUGGAGUCCGAAGAGUCGUCGUCGAGACCCUCUUUCACCGACAACAUCAUUGGCCCGCACGCUCUCUUACGAUCAUCUCCUACUAUGCGCACAUAAUACACGCAUACAAUACCGUUUUCCAGGACAUCCUCAUUUUCAUGGGAGACGUUGCCCUCGGAAACCUGCCUGCGACUUUGCCCCUCUACAUACCUGAAAUUGAAAUCGGGGGUAUUCGGCUCAUGGACCAACCCGGACUGCAGCUUGAGUCUCUACUCAAAGCGAGCUCUGUUAUCUUGGAAAGUAUCGACGAUAGUCUUGGACUCGGUGCAACAGCUUCGAGCAACGGAUCAUCGAGUGGCGCUCAGCCACAGGGCUUACUACUGGAUGCUCUUCUUGGCCAGAGUGAUCUCGUGUACCAGAAGGCUGAUGGGACAAGGGAGGCACGAGUAAAGCAAACCAUUAGUCAGAUCCAUCAAUUCUUGGACUCGGCUCGCAAGUGAGAGAGUACGGGUGUGUAAUCCUGAAAUCGAUCCCCCUUAGAGCUUCCAAAAUGGUUUGUAUUAGAUUUGAGGUUAUCACUGCUACAACAUAGAUAGAUUAGAUGAUUCAUAUCUCAGUUGGC